UGGCCCGGCUUCGCAGGGAGUCGUUGCGGGGACAGGCUACAGAAACUGUGCGUUUCCUCUUAAUUUCGUUCACAAAAAACUUCAACAGUAUAUCAGGAUGCCCGGAAUGAUGGAGAAGGGCUCGGAAUAUCUCGGGAAAGGUCGUUCAAACGGGACCAAAAGCCCCUCGAGUGCUCCGAAUGGCCAUUUUUCUGAGGACAGCGGCAGUGACGACGAGCACGAUGUCGGGAUGCGUGUGGGGUCCGAUUAUCAAGCCAAUAUUCCCGACUACGAUCCCGGUUCCACCAAGUAUGGUGACAAAGACAGUGGAGGUAUGUUGGUGUGGUCUCCAUAUCAUACGAUUGUGGACACAAAGUUGGAUGAGUACAUUGCCAUUGCAAAAGAAAAGCAUGGAUAUAACGUUGAGCAGGCGCUUGGCAUGCUGUUCUGGCACAGACACAACAUUGAGAAGUCUUUGGCCGACCUGCCCAACUUCACCCCUUUCCCGGACGAGUGGACUGUGGAAGACAAAGUGCUGUUUGAGCAGGCGUUCAGCUUCCACGGGAAGAGCUUCCACAGAAUCCAACAGAUGUUGCCAGACAAAUCCAUAUCAAGUCUUGUGAAGUACUACUACUCAUGGAAAAAGACCCGGUCCAGGACGAGUCUGAUGGACAGGCAGGCGAGAAAGCUGGCCACCCGCAGUACUCAGGAUGAGAGUGAUGAGGAAAUGGAAGAAGCCAAUCCCGUUGAAGCAAAUGACAGUGAUUACGAUCCCACGAAAGAGACCAAGAAAGAGCAGAGUCACGUGGAGCCGCAGCCGCCGAGCUCGAAGGUGGGCCUGGGCCGACGGGACCACCAGACCCUACAGCACCGACACCACUCCCAGCGCUCCAAGUGCCGGCCCCCUAAAGGCAUGUACCUCACACAGGAGGACGUGGUGGCCGUGUCCUGCAGCUCCAGCGCAGCUAGCACUGUCCUGCGUCAGCUGGACCUGGAGCUGGUCUCCCUUAAAAGACAGGUCCAAAACGCUAAGCAGCUGAACAGCGCUCUUAAACAGAGGAUAGAAUCUGGCAUUGAAGAUUGCCGGCUGCCUGAGUGUAACCAAAAAGUUAACGCCCGCUGGACUACAGAUGAGCAGCUUCUUGCUGUUCAAGGUGUACGCAAGUAUGGCAAAGACUUCCAGGCCAUUGCGGAUGUUAUUGGUAAUAAGACGGUGGGGCAGGUUAAAAACUUCUUUGUGAACUAUCGGCGCCGCUUUAACCUGGAGGAGGUGCUUCAGGAGUGGGAGGCAGAGCAGGGAACCCGUGCCCCCAAUGGGGACAGCGCCACCUCUGGUGAAGAAGGGAAAAACAACUCCAACACCCCUUCUGGAAAGAGCACAGAUGAAGAGGAGGAAGAGGGUCAGGCCACCCCUGCCCCGGGCCCGUCCCCUGUAGCUGUAUCGUCCUCGGGCAUCGCAGCUCUGGGGGGCGGCACCUCCCUGAACCAGCCUCCGCCCCUGCUCCGCCCCUCUCUGCCUGCUACGCCGGCCCUGCACAGACAGCCUCCGCCCCUCCAGCAGCAGGCGCGCUUCCUGCAGCCUCGGCCGUCGCUCAACCAGCCGCCCCCUCUUAUCCGGCCCUCCAAUCCCCUCCCCCCGCGUCUGAACCCCCGCCCCGCCCCUGCCACGGGUGCCACGCCCAGUCCCGCCCUGGGCCAGCAGCCGCCCACGCUGGUGGGCAUCCAGGCUGAAAACCCCGCCUCCUCUCUGCACUGAGCGCGUGCAGCGCUCUCUGCCGCGAAGGGAGUAGCUACUCGCAGGUGCUGUGGGCCGUUUUGUGGUAUUUUUCUAUCGAUCAAUGUUUUGUUAAUGCUCGUCAUUGGAGAACAGUGUUUUAAUAUGUAUUUGUGAAGAUUAGCCUAUGACUGAGUUUUAAAGUUGUUUAUAUUUGGUUAGAUGAUUUUAUUUAUUGUAAAAUACAUGGUGUAACUGACUUGUUGAUCUUCUGUUUUUAAUCGUAACAUUCUUAUGACCUCAUACGAGUAGUGAACGAGAAUUUUGUUCUGCCAAAUUGUCUCGCAGUCAGAUAUUCUUAACAACGGAUUAAUGGUGUCCUCAAAUGAAAGGGAUUAUCCGAUCCUUUCACCAGUGUGUGCUGGAUCUCCACUACACUCAACCUCUUGUCGUGUACAUAAGCAUUAUUUAUUUUUAUACCUGGUGCUAAGGAC